AUUUUGCACUUGUAUUUCAGCCUUGUCAUAUUUAUGUUUAAUAUUGUUGUACUUUCUUUACAUUUAACGUAUUAUUGUGAAGCUAACAUUGUGGGCCCGUCUAGUUGGUGAAACGUGCUUGAGAGACUGUGAAAUGACUGGCGGAAUUGCAUUUGACUUAUUGUAUUUUAUGUGUUUAUUUUUCUUUUAGUUUUCACGGUGUCUUACGAUGAAACGUGGAAAUAAAUGAACAAAGGACAUCUGUAUGAUGCGUGGCCUUACUCCAUUGGACCAGUGUAUUUACAGUGAAAACGUAACGCCAGCAUGGCCAAGAGUCUAAAUGGCCAAGUGCGAGUUCUUCAAUGCAGGAGGCAGCGUGAAAGACAGGAUCGGCCUGCGGAUGGUGGAAGAUGCUGAGAAAACCGGGAUCCUCAAACCAGGAGACACAAUCAUUGAGCCCACCUCUGGCAACACAGGUAUCGGCCUCGCCCUGGCAGCUGCAGUUAAAGGCUACCGCUGCAUUAUAACCAUGCCUGAGAGGAUGAGCAACGAGAAGGUUGAUGUGUUGAGAGCUCUCGGGGGAGAAAUUGUGCGCACGCCUUCUUCUGCAGCUUUUGAUUCACCAGAGUCUCACAUAGUCACGGCUUGGCGUCUAAAGAGGGAGAUCCCCAACUCGCACAUCCUCGACCAAUAUCGUAAUGCCAGCAACCCUCUGGCUCACUACGAUACCACAGCUGAGGAGAUACUGGAGCAGUGUGAUGGUAAAUUGGACAUGUUGGUGGCGGGAGCCGGCACAGGCGGUACACUUACUGGUGUUGCUCGGAAGUUGAAGGAGAGAUGCCCCAAUGUCAAGAUAGUCGCUGUGGACCCUGAGGGCUCCAUUCUGGGUGGCUCUAAUGAAAAUAAGACUUCCUUUGAAGUGGAGGGCAUUGGACAUGACUUUAUCCCCACAGUGUUGGACAGAUCUCUUGUUGACAUGUGGUAUAAAUCGACUGACCUGGAGACAUUCACAAUGUCACGCAAGCUGGUCAGAGAGGAGGGUCUCCUGUGCGGCGGCAGCUCUGGCUCAGCCAUGGCAGCAGCAGUAAAGAUGGCUCGGCAGCUUGAGGCGGGACAGCGCUGUGUGGUCAUCCUGGCUGACUCCGUCCGCAACUAUAUGUCAAAAUUCCUGAGUGACAAGUGGAUGUGUGAGAAGGGGUUCCUCAGCCCGGAGGAGCCGAUGGACUUCAAACCCUGGUGGUGGAACAUGACUGUCCAGUAUCUAAACCUAUGCCCCCUCACUGUGUUAGCGUCUGUGUCCUGCCAGAAAACCAUCGACAUCCUGAAAGAGAAAGCAUUUGACCAGGCCCCAGUCGUCGAUAACUCAGGUGUGAUCCAGGGGAUGGUCACUCUGGGAACCAUCCUGUCCUCUGUGUCGGCAGGGAAGGCCAAACCCUCAGAUGCUAUCAGCAAGGUGCUCUGCAAGCGUUACAAACAGGUGCACCUGACAGACAACCUGGGGAAGCUGUCCCAAAUCCUCGAAACAGACCACUUCGUCCUGGUGGUGCAUGAUCACGUUCAGAAUAAAGCUGAUGGGUCAACUUGUCAGAAGCAGAUGGUGUUUGGCAUCGUGACAGCGAUUGACCUCCUCAACUACAUCACCACAGAUGACAGCCAGGAUCACUCGUAGUCUCCGUGAUCACUUCCUGUUUAAGACGUGGGCGAUACUGCUUGCUUGCGACUGAAUCAUAUUUUAAUUCAGUGGUUUUUGCAGCUACAUACAGUACAGGCCAAAAGUUUGGACACACCUUCUCAUUCAAUGCGUUUCCUUUAUU